AUGGGCACCGCUCGCAUAGGUCCACCGCAGCUAUGGCCGGCCAACGCUCACUGUCACAACACGACCUGGCGUGAGAAUUNNGCGCACCGGACCCAGCAGAGGCUCGACGCAUGGUGCCUUCCCGGGUCUUCGGAAUUCGGUGAUAUUGCUGAGUGUCAGCUGCGGGGUGACAGAGACCGCUUCUCAGGCGGAUCUCGAACCUCACUCUCCAACGUCAAAUGCUCUCUUCUGUAUUCCUCAACUCUUCAGAAUCCUGGUUCCUUUGAAUCCGAGCAAGUCAGCGUCACUCCUGUUGACAGCCCUCGAAGACUAUCACAGCUCAUGCCCGCUUCCAAACCGGCAGACCGCCUCUCAGGCGGAUCUCCCUCCUCCCUUCCUCCCCUUCCAUUCUCCUAUUCACCUGCUGUACUUUCCCCUAAAUUUGCGAGACACAACACGCUUCGUGUUCUCGAUUCAACGCGUCGCCAUGAUUCACCAACUCUCUACCUCCCCGCUCCUGGUCCCCCAACCCAGAGGCCUCGACUAGGGCGCCAAUGGACCUUCUUCAACAAGAAGAUCGAGGCCUUCAAGGCUCAGUCAAGAGGGCGACUACUGCUCUUCAAUUCAGCCCGCAAGCGGGGCCCCAAGGCCAAGAAGGGCGGAUCUGAUGAGGAACCGUCCGCUCUUAAGCUCCAAGAGCAUGCCAUCUCUGAUGCAGAAAGACGAUAUUCCCAGCCUGAAUACAGUUCUUACCCCUACAACAACCCUUAUCAAGCUGGCCAAGACAGUGUUGAGCCCGCCACUCAGGUCGUGACGAACCAGGCACAGCCAGCGCCUAUAGACAGUUUUAUGCCUAUGAACGUGUUCGCUCAACCUAUCACCACCCUGGCGGAACAUUCCCACAUUACUCGACUCGUCGAAGGAACU